AUGACUAAUUGGACAAACGUGUCCAGCUGCCUGUUCAGCAUCACCUUGUGCGCUGAGGACAUAAUGGAUAGUAAUGCAACUGCUGAGGACUUUGAGUACCCGGUCCAUCUCUUCCCAGUGCCUAUCCUGACUGGGAUCACAGUGACGUGCUCUUUCCUGUUCCUCGUCGGAAUCGCUGGGAACCUGUUGACCUUCCUGGUGGUCACUAAAUACAAAGACAUGCGAACCACCACCAACCUUUACCUCUGCAGCAUGGCACUUUCAGACCUGCUGAUUUUCCUCUGCAUGCCCCUCGACCUGUACCGGGUCUGGCGGUACCGACCGUGGAACUUCGGCGACGAGCUGUGCAAACUCUUUCAGUUCGUGAGCGAAAGCUGCACGUACUCCACCAUCCUCAACAUCACCGCUCUCAGCGUGGAGAGAUACUUCGCUAUCUGUUUUCCCUUCAGGGCAAAAGUCAUCGUUACGCGGGGUCGGGUAAAAGGGGUGAUUUUACUCCUCUGGACUGUGGCUCUGUGUAGCGCGGGACCCAUAUUCAUUCUGGUUGGGGUUGAGCAUGAGAACGGCACGAACCCCUGGGAAACCAAUGAGUGUAAAGCCACCGAAUAUGCCAUCCGCUCCGGACUUCUUACUAUGAUGGUGUGGGUCUCCAGCGUGUUUUUCUUCCUCCCGGUGCUCUGUUUGACAGUGUUAUACAGCCUCAUUGGCAGAAGACUGUGGAGAAGAAAGGAGAAUCCUGUAGGACCCAUUUCGAGUCGUGAAAAGAACAAUAAACAAACGGUCAAAAUGCUGGCUGUGGUGGUUCUAGCGUUUGUUCUCUGCUGGCUGCCGUUCCACGUCGGUCGUUAUCUCUUCUCCAAGUCAUCCGAGGCCAAUUCUCCUCUCAUCUCCCAGAUCAGCGAAUACUGCAACUUGGUCUCAUUCGUGCUGUUUUACCUCAGCGCCGCGAUCAACCCCAUCCUCUACAACAUCAUGUCAAAGAAGUACAGGAGCGCGGCGUGCAAACUGUUCGGAGUGAAGCGCGCCCCCGGACAAUCAGUGCAGAGCAUCGUGAACGCGGAUAGUGUUUUGGUUUGGAAUGAAUACAGCUGGAGCACGUGACACAGGAAAGGCCUCGUUUAAUAAAUGUGCACUUUUUAACAGACUUAAUAGACGAAAUGGAAACGAGUCAACAUUAACCUCAUAAUUUUUGGUGAUAUUUAAUUUCAACCAUAAGAUUUCAUUGAAGUCUUUGCAUAUUUUCAGUUUAGCCUGUACACAUAGUAAAAAUAACUCAAUCUGCUGAGCACUGAAAAUAUUAUAACAUUUUAUAGUAAUCUAAUAUUGAAAUGUUUUUGGGGUUUAAAAAAAAGGCUUUUUUUGAUGGUUGCAUUUUAGGUGCAACAUACCUUGUGCAUACACAAAAUAUUAUUUUAUUUUAUGAGAAUGUUUAUACACAGGCAUACCAUCAUCAACAGACACAAGCAGUGUAAUGUUUCCCUUUACCCUGGUAUUCAUGCAAACUCUAUGAGCUGCAUACUAACCCAAAAAUGCCUUAAACUGUAUGAAGUACUGGAUGACAGAGCACUGUAGAUGUAAGCACUCUUCACAUCGCACCCUAUGAGAUACAAUGGUGCUGAAUGAAAAAAAUCCCAUGCCAUAAAAACCUCUCACCAAGCUUGUGUUAUUAUUUUACAUAAAUAUGCAGCAGCCAUAAAAAGUGCACUUACUGCAGGUUUGUGAACACUGCUGCCACAGUAGUUUUGUGUAGGCCUAUGUUGCUGGUUGGCAAUGACAUUCUAAUAAAAACUGUUUCUUGAGAUGUUUGUUAAACAACUUUAAUAUUUAUGAAAGAUAUUUCAUAUAGUGUGUUUAUUUUCCUUUAAUGCACACUGCGAUACAAUGUAUGGAAUGUGUUAGUGUAAUAUAAAGUUUUUAAUGUCAUUCAUUAUUACUUGAUUUAAAAAAUGUAAUAUAUUGUGUUUAUUUUC